AUGACCAUGUCCCUGGCCCUGGGCCAGCAGUACACGUCCCUGGGCUCCCAGCCUCUGCUCUGCGGCUCCAUCCCAGGCCUGGUCCCCAAGCAACUGCGCUUCUGUCGCAAUUACAUCGAGAUCAUGCCCAGCGUGGCGGAGGGCGUGAAGCUGGGCAUCCAGGAGUGCCAGCACCAGUUCCGGGGCCGCCGCUGGAACUGCACCACCAUAGACGACAGCCUGGCCAUCUUUGGGCCCGUCCUUGACAAAGCCACCCGCGAAUCGGCCUUCGUCCACGCCAUCGCCUCCGCUGGCGUGGCCUUCGCCGUCACGCGCUCCUGCGCAGAGGGCACCUCCACCAUCUGUGGCUGCGACUCCCAUCACAAGGGGCCACCCGGCGAGGGCUGGAAGUGGGGCGGCUGCAGCGAGGACGCCGACUUUGGGGUGCUCGUGUCCCGGGAGUUCGCGGACGCCCGCGAGAACAGACCGGACGCGCGCUCGGCCAUGAACAAGCACAACAACGAGGCGGGCCGCACGACCAUCCUGGACCACAUGCACCUCAAGUGCAAGUGCCACGGGCUGUCGGGCAGCUGCGAGGUGAAGACCUGCUGGUGGGCCCAGCCCGACUUCCGCGCCAUCGGCGACUUCCUCAAGGACAAGUACGACAGCGCCUCGGAGAUGGUGGUGGAGAAGCACCGCGAGUCGCGCGGCUGGGUGGAGACCCUGCGCGCCAAGUACGCGCUCUUCAAGCCGCCCACCGAGAGGGACCUGGUCUACUACGAGAACUCGCCCAACUUCUGCGAGCCCAACCCCGAGACGGGCUCCUUUGGCACCAGGGACAGGACUUGCAACGUCACCUCCCAUGGCAUCGAUGGCUGCGACUUGCUCUGCUGCGGCCGCGGCCACAACACGAGGACGGAGAAGCGGAAGGAGAAAUGCCACUGCAUCUUUCACUGGUGCUGCUACGUGAGCUGCCAGGAGUGCAUCCGCAUCUAUGAUGUGCACACCUGCAAGUAGGGAGCCAGGGCGCUGGGCAGAUUCACUGAAGUCCUGAGCAGGACCUAAGCCAGCUCAGCCCUCAGCAUCCGACAGCAAGGAAUCCGGACUGUUGCCAGAUGCACGUGUGGUAAAUUACCUGGACCCAACCGCCCGCUGACUGGGAGGCCUCCCUCCCUCUCUCAUCUUAAGUUUCUCACCCGACUCUGGAUGGUGUGUGGUGUUUAAAGAAGGGGCUUGCUUUUUAGUUCUCUGGGGUCUGAUAGGAACAGAUCCGAGGCUUAUCUUUGCACAUGUUAAAGAAAAUAAAAAUGGAAAACAAUUUCUACUCCAAUGGAACAGGCUGGGCUAAUGUGAGCUCUUUGCCUGGCGAUAAAGACAUCAGCGUGGGCAAGACUGUUUGCAGACUGCUUCUCAUGGGGACGUCCCGGGAUGCUGGGAGGUGGGAGUUACGGAGUAGGACAGACCCCUGCAGCCUCCUUUCCUCUGCCUACUCCCAUUCAAAUCUGAUACACUCUCACGAGCUGAUAAAAGCCAUAGGUCUAGCGAGGACGAAGUGGUAGGGAGGCCCGAGGCAACUGUGAGAGCGGGUUUCGUUUUGAAGAACUAGUUCUAGCCCUGGCCGGCUGUUUGAAGAGCAGCAGUGUGUUCUCAGCCUCGUUUUCUCUGCAGCCCUGUCCUGCACCAGAGGCUCUUGUGAACUGCAGUCAGAUUUCUACCUUUCUGCAGUUUCCACCAUGAAUGCAGUACUUUUUUUUUUUUUGGUAGUGGAUGUUGUAAAUAGGCUGUGUAUGGGAGGAGAGGGGAACAAGCCUUCUCCAGCCCGAAUGGCUUCCUAGAGAAAGGAGUGGUAUCUUUGGAAGACGCCGCUCAAUCCCCUCCAGUCGCUCACCUGCAGAUUCUCCAUCAAAACAACGCCAGGUGAGCAGUUGGCCACCUCAGUAUAAAUGAGACAAAGGGCCAGUGAGAGAGGAGCAGUCUCUUCCUGAAGUUCCAGUUUGGAGACCAGUAGAUGGGGAGGGUAGAAACGAGUCCUCAUUUCCUCUCCAGUAAGGACAUGUCUUCCUGCAUCCUUUCUUUUCUUUGGCCCGAGUGAGUUCUGAGUUCUCUAAGGCAGAGCUUCUGGCCUCACCUGCAUGCUGAUAAGCAUCAAUCCAUGCAGCUACUGCGGGUGAGGAUUAGGUGUUCAAAGGGGGCAAGCAGUCACCUGCUCCUUUGGGAAAAGCACCUCCCAGCUGAGUUCUCCGUGGUCCACAGUGGUCCUCUGUAUCCUAGAGGAAGCUAGCAAAACGGAGCUGAUAGUAGGGACCAAUCCAACAGCUCGGUCUUAAGGAAAACCAGAAGGAGGUGCAGCCUAGGUAGAGUGCAGAGCGGUUUUCUCUUCUUUUUCUCCCUUCUCUCUUUGGUCUACCUAACACUGGCCUACAAAACCGUGGUCAGACGAUCUCCACGCUUGCUCAGACAGGUUUGCCAAGAUGCCGUCUAGAAGCCAGGCCUGCACUCCUGAAUCUGCUGGCCACGAGCCCUGCUAAGAUACACACCCCAUCCCCGCUGUAGAAUCUCUAAUGCCCCUCCUCAUCUCAUCUUAGGCUAAAAAGUUUUAAAUCAUGUCAACAGGAUAAUGCUUGCUUUAUGUGAGAAUUAUUUCAGCAGAAUGGAUACAAAUUUUCAAACCAGUCUUUUCAUAUCUAUGUAUUCUAUAUUAAAAGUGAUAAAGUCAUGUUUCUGGGGCGUAUUCAAGUAGCUGACAAGUAAUUAUUUAAUAAUAGUACAUUGAGUGCAUUGUAAUUAUUCUUGCCGUAUGUAGUCAGGUAAUAGUAUCCAACGGAAAUUUCCUACCAACCUGCUGUAUCCAAAGUUUUGUAAAAAGUUGUAGAAGUUGUUGAUCUUUUUGAUUUUAUAUUCAAAAAGUCUCUUUUUAUAAAUAUUAUUUAUUAUACAAUGUAUAUACCUUUGAGUUAACUAAGAUUAUAUAUUAUAUAAAUAUAUAUAUAUUUGGAGAAAAUAUAUUUCAUCAUGCAGUUUUUUUCUGUUAAGUCAUUAAAGAGAAGGUCAACUUAAAAUGGA